UUGUCCAUGUGUCUUUGCCUCCAUUCAAGUCAAAGGCAAAACUUCUACCAACAAUCCUUUGCCCAAGUAUUUUCCAUCUCCAUCCAUAUCAAAGCUCAGCUCUUGUGCUUUGGUAGUUAGGCAGUGAUUCAGGUCCAAGACCGAUAUUACAGAUCGAUCUUCCUGAUGUCAUAAACAUUUCCUCACCAAAAAAAAAAAAACCCCACAGCUUUUCUCUCCGGUGGAAAUAUCAAAUAUAUUGCAUAUAAAUAGAAGAUAAGUAUUUGUAGUUGUAUAUGUGGUUCUGAACAUAGGAAGCUAAGCUAAGCGAGCUUUGCAUAUACCUAUCGAGAUAGAAAAUCCAAAAAACCCCCAAAACCCGUAGUUUCUGUUUUUCUAGCUAUCUUCCCCUCUCUCUUUCUCAGCAGCUAGCAAGAAACUAGUUUGUGAAGCGCCAGUUUUUUAUCAACAAAUCGCCACGUUUUUCGUUGUUAAAAGGUUUCAAUAAUGCAAACUCUUUUCUCCAUGGCUGCCUGCCAACAAGUAGUUCACAUACAGCCGAUGGUAAGAUUCCAAAACCCGCCAGCCGGACUAUCCAUUGAUCGAUUUUUCAGUCGGAAUAAGGAUAAGGUUGUGAUAGUAAUGGGAGCCACGGGAACCGGUAAGUCCAGGCUUGCCAUAGACCUUGCAUUAAAAUAUUCGGCCGAGAUCAUAAACUCGGAUAAAAUGCAAGUCUAUAAAGGUUUGGACACCCUCACCAACAAGGUCACUGAGGAGGAGUGCAAAGGCGUACCACAUCACCUGUUGGGCACAGUGGAUCCUGAGUCGAAUUUCACAGCUAAUGAUUUUAAGCAUCAUGCGUCUUUGGCCAUUGAAUCGAUCCUGGAGCGUGACCGGUUACCUAUCAUCGCCGGUGGAUCAAACUCGUACAUAAAGGCACUGGUGGACGAGGACCCCGAGUUUCAGAGGAGGUACGAGUGCUGCUUUCUGUGGGUCGACGUAACGCCGCGGGUGCUCAACUCGUUUGUGUCGGAGCGAGUUGAUCGGAUGGUGGAGGUGGGUGGUCUGGUGGACGAGGUGAGGAGAAUGUUCGACCCAACAGCCGACGAGGAGGACUAUAGCACCGGGAUUAAGAAAGCUAUUGGAGUUCCAGAGAUGCAUCAUUACUUGCGCGGCGAAGCGUGUGGCAACGAUGAAGAGACUCAAGAAGCGCUGUUGAUGGAAGCCAUUUCGAACAUCAAGAAGAAUACUCGCACGUUGGCCGAUCGCCAACUGCAAAAGAUUCACCGGCUGCGGAGCAAGUGGAACUGGAGCAUGCACCGCCUCGACGCCACCGAAGCUUUCUUGAACCGCCGUCGCGGCCGGGAGGGAGACCGAGUGUGGGAGAAGCAAGUUGCGAGACCCGCCACUGGAAUCGUCAGCAAGUUCCUCGUAGACCCAAUGUCAACCAUUCUUCCUCAUGACACUGCCUUUGUUGCUGCAGCGGCUUCGGCCGGCAGCACCAGCACCACCAGUGUCAAUUCUCUUGCGGUGUCCAUGCCGGCCGUGGCUGCUGCAACACGGUAGAUUAUGACUCAAUGGUAAAAAAAAAAAAAAGACAAAAAAAUUU